AUAAGAGUCAAGAUCCUCUUCUUCCCGGGAUAUACGUGGUACUCUGCAAAAGCUCUGACGUCUGCUUCUAAAAAUCAGUAAUGAGUGAAUUAACUGUAACAUAUUCCGAUUUGCGACUUCAACCUUCAUCUCAGCCACAGAGAAGACAAAGGCUUGCAACUUCUGAAAGAAAAAGUUCUUUUCCUUGUAAGCACCAAGAUCUUUGUACUCCAUCUCCAUGGAAAUUCAUUGCAGUGAUUCCGUGGAUCAUUUGUCUGAUGCUUACUUGGUCUGUUGCAAUCUUAGCCACAAUGUUGCAUCAGAAAUCGUGUCAAGGGGAAGGAUAUCCAGGAAAUCUCUCCUCUAACAAGGAAGCAAAUAAAACAUUUCAAAUUCAGAGUUAUCCUACCUGUUCAAACAACUGGCAUCAACUUGGAGAAAAUUGUUACUAUUUUUCAAGGGACACACUUCCUUGGGAAAAAUGUAACCAUUAUUGCAUUGGUUUAGAGUCAAGCUUUCUUAAAUUGAAUAUGGAAGAAGAGAUGAAUUUUGUAAUAAAAUUGUCAAAGAUGCAAUGUGGUCUACUUCAAGAAGAGUUUUGGAUCAGUUUAUACUACAACAAUGAGAAACUAAAAUGGGUCUGGCUAGAUGGCACAGGUGUUACCCUGCACAAGCUUCAAAUUCAAGGACUUAAGAAUGCUAACAAUAAAUGUGUAUAUAUAAAACAUGGCCAGGUGAUUGCUGAAGAUUGCCAGAAUAAUGGUUAUUGUAUCUGCAAGAAGAUAAUAUAUUCGGAUUAA